CUUCAAACGGACACCAACAAAACAAACAGUGCCCAACACAGACAAUACGAGACUACAAGAGCUCUUCCCAGUCCAAGGAUCCAAUCCAACAGAUAUGAGCGUGGAGAUCGUGGACGGGCGGACGGUGCAGAGCUUCGUGGAGGACGAGCGCGCGUUCAACUCGUGCGUGGACGCGCGGUUCGCGGCGCUGGACGCGGACCGCGACGGCCGCCUCUCGUACGCCGAGAUGACCGGGGAGCUCAUGGCGCUGCGCGUGCGGGAGGCGCACUUCGGCGCCGACGCGCCGGCGCCCGACGCCGAGCUCGCCGGCCUGUACGGGGCGCUCUUCGCGCGCUUCGACCGCGACGGGGACGGCGCCGUGGACAGGCACGAGUUCCGCGCCGAGAUGAGGGAGGUCAUGCUCGCCGUCGCCAGCGGACUCGGCGUGCUCCCCGUGCAGAUGGUCGUCGAGGAAGGCAGCCUCCUCAAGAGGGCCGUCGACAGGGAGCUGCUGGCGACCACUACCCCUACUACCACUACCCUGGCAGCUUGACCAGCUCCAUCGGCUCCAUGUCACCUGGCCACUAUCAUGACAGGGAGCUGGCCACUAUCACACUGCUAGCCGAAUGGCAGUUUCAUCACCUGCCUAUGUAACCGUACGCCGAGGGUGUCCUUUUAAUUUGGACCCGUCUAAUCAUUCGUGUUUGUCGAACUGAUGACACGAGUAUAUAAUGUACGUACUGAAUCUAUUUUAUCAGUUAUCAAAAAAAUAUUUUUAUCAGACCUUAUUUA